GGGACCCAACGACAGCACCGUAUCUCCUCAAUCUCACCAGCCAAAACUCUUAGUCACAGAGCAACAGGGUGAACACACGCAGAGGAAAUACAGCCGCCGGGCAACAGGAUGCACAUGGCCGCAUGAAGGAUGGACCACAGGAUCUAGGAAACACAGAGAGAGGGAGAAUGGAGAAGGAAGAGGGGGAAUUCGGGAUCACAGCUGUUUGUGAGAAGGAGAAAAAAAAAUGGUGUUUUGAAGCAUAGAGGAACAUUUAGUUUGUUGUUUGGUUUGCCCCUGCCUUGAAGAGGCAGCGAACAGCUGUUUUUUCCCCGACCAGGGGUUAAGUGCGGUUGUUGACGGUCUGUACUGGUGGGUAGAUUAAUUAGCAUAUAAAGCUGACUUCCUUAUCAUACUUCAAACUGACAAUUGAGAAGUGGUGGCUUUUUAGUUCUGUCCUUCAGAUCUGACUUACAAGUAAUUUAUUAUCAUCAUUUGCCUCUUUUUAUGCCUCUUUUUUUUUUUUACAACAAAUUGGCAAAUGAAAUUAAUCAAUAUUAAAUAACUGUAAAUAAACCUAUGACUGAGUGCGCAAUUUGAGACCGUCAACCUAAAAAAAGGAGUUAAACUCAAUUUAGACAACGUAAAUUGCCCUUAGGAUAGAGCGCCGCCGCCAGCUAACGAUCUCCGUGCAGAUAACGGACUGCUCAUUUGCAUACGACGCAAGGGGAACGUAAAGGGAGGCAGGCUAGCUGCCACCUCAAAAGAGCCUGCGCUCCCCGGCCGUCCCAAGGAGGGACGGAGGUCUACAGAGCAAAGGGGUCGCUCCUCCUCGGAUCUUCCAAGCUUCAGAGUCACAGCCACUGUUAUCUUCACCGUUUUUAUGUUUAUUUCCAAGGGAGUGAACCUAAGCAUCCUUCAUUUAUGUGCUUAGCAACGGGAUCAUUCGUUUUUAUCCAACGGCUUGCAGACACUGUGGUUAUUAAGUGGUUCAGAAAACGACAGAAGAUGAGGAUCAAGCGCGACCGCUGGAGGAUGUACAAGGGUGUGAGCGUCAUGUUCUUCCUGGCCGUGGUGGCGCUGACCGUGGUCCAGAGGGGCACCAUCAGCGGCGGGGAGCCCUUCCAGCUGGAGAGGAGGCAGGCCCGGCCGGACGUCGGCGCCGCCGCCGGCCCACCGCGGGGCUCCUCCCAGGGCAUGAACAGCUUCUGGAAGGCCCACCGGCAAGAGCCGUCGCCCGAGGCCCCGUCCACCCCCGCCGCCCCCGAGGAGCCUCUCCUCCCCCAGGGUCAGAGCCCCGCCACCUGGGACGUCACCGCCUCCAACUGCACCCCCAACCACAACAUCUCCGGCCGGGACUGGUUCAAGGGCCUGCAGGGGAACUUCCAGGAGUUCCUCACGUACCGCCACUGCCGCUACUUCCCGAUGCUCAUCAACCACCCGGAGAAGUGCAGCGGGCGCACCCACCUGCUGAUGGUGGUGAAGUCGGUGGUCACGCAGCACGACCGCCGCGAGGUGAUCCGCCGGACGUGGGGCAAGGAGCGGGCGGUGCGGGGCAAGCGGGUGAAGACCCUGUUCCUCCUGGGGAAGCCCUCCAACGAGGAGGAGCGGGCCAACCACCAGAAGCUGCUGGAGUUCGAGGACUACAUCUACGGGGACAUCCUCCAGUGGGACUUCCUGGACAGCUUCUUCAACCUGACGCUGAAGGAGACCCACUUCCUCAAGUGGUUCGACACGUACUGCGGCCAGGUGCGCUACAUCUUCAAGGGGGACGACGACGUGUUUGUGAGCGUGGACAACAUCCUGGAGUACCUGGAGGGCAGCGGGCACGCCAAGGGGCUGCUGGUGGGCGACGUGUUGUUCAAGGCCAAGCCCAUCCGGAGGAAGAGCAACAAGUACUACAUCCCCGAGGCGCUGUACAACAAGACCUUCUACCCGCCGUACGCCGGCGGCGGGGGCUUCGUGAUGGACGGCCCCCUGGUGAGGAGGCUCCACUGGGCCUCGGAGACCCUGGAACUGUUCCCCAUCGACGACGUCUUCCUGGGCAUGUGCCUGGAGGUGCUGCAGGUGACGCCCGUCAAGCACGACGCCUUCAAGACGUUCGGCCUGGUGAAAAACAAGACCAGCAAGCUGAACAAAGAGCCCUGUUUCUUUAAGGGCAUGAUCGUGGUGCACAAGCUGCUGCCAGCAGAGCUGCUGCGCAUGUGGAAUUUGGUCAACAGUGACCUGGUCUGCUCGCGGAAAGUGGGGAUCUUAUAGCCGGCGGGAAGGGCUCCGAGAGACGGAGCGAGACGAGACUCGAACCGGGACCCGGGAGGAGGAGGUGAUGAGGGAUGGAGAGGGGAUGCAAAUGUCACUCUUCAGUUUCCUGGAAAGAAAUGCUCCAAUUUUUGAGAACAUGAAAGUGCAUCUUAGUUGUUGUGAUCUGGUGGCAUCCACUGCAUUCAGAGUAAAUAAUAAUAAUGUUGAUAAUAACAAUAUUGAGUUUUGUAAAUAUAUAUAUAUUUUUUUUUUUUGCAUUUCUUUUUGCAUUUUAUUGAAGGACUCUGAAAACGUUUUCCUGAGGCAAAACGUUGUACCAGGACCACUCUCUGUGGAUUAUUGACACAAAACCCUCCUUCUAAGCUGCUCCACAAGAUGUUGGGACUUUUGCAGCGCCUUGCACAUAGCCUUGAAUUCAGACUCGACUCUCACCGGUGAAGGGAAAUGGCCUCGGUUGAAAAGGAAGAAAAUCACUACCGUCUCUCUACCUACCUCGUGUUUCUACCAGUCUUGGGUUUUGGAAGUGGAGACCUGGUAAACAUUAACACACUAUACAAUUCGGUCAGAUACACACUCUUCACAUUCACACUAUGUAAUCAAGGUUAUAGUGAUUUUAUUUCUGUUGGUCAUCAUUGCACUUCUUUUAACCUUAAGAAAUACGACUUGAUAUUGACAUUGAGUGACAGACGUUGGAUUUAUGUUCAAAUGUGUUUGCUGUCCACAGAUUUGUAUUUUUUUGCUGAUAUACUUGACAUGAAACUAGGAAGAGGGUUGACAGUGAAACUGUGAAUUAAAAACUACUGCUGGUACUUUUUGGAUGACUUGCUAAUUUAAACAACCCCUAGUAAUGGAACAGGGUGGUUGCGGGGGGGGGGUUAAUAUUUAAUUUAAUGUGGGCAACGGAACUGAUGCAGUCUUCAGUGAUUAGAGUCAAGCGUUUAGGGGGGGGAUGAGUAGACUGAACAAUGUAAAUACGGUAAAAGGAGAAUCAAACUGUACAAAGAAUCUUUUUUGUAAAUAAACCUUCAAAAAUCACACAGCCAUUGUUAUUUCCUUCCCAACAGUCACCACCUAGUUUGGUUUUGCUUUAUGCUCCAGUCUCCUGAUUAGCUGCAGGUAUCGAUGUACCACCAACACGAGGUCACCAAACAAAGGCGGCCAUGACACUGGAUCCAAAUGUCGAUACUAAUGUUGAGCAUAUCGGUUACCCAGUACUGUAUAGAUAGUGAAGUUGUUGGAAGAUAUUAAUUGUUGCGCACAAUAUAUGAUGUAACAACGGUACAUCCCUGAGCGACAGAGUAUGAGUUCCCAUUGUAAUGCCUAUUCCGGCUGUGAACAAUAUAUUGCCAGCUGUCUAGUCUAUACAAUUAUUUUAGAUAUGAAAUAAUAUGAUAUAAUAAUUAUAAUAAUAAUUUGAUCAAAAAGAUGUAACUUAACUACAUCAAACAUUCCACUACUUUCUCUGACAAAUCGCAAUCAUUUCAAAAAAUUGUUGCCCUUCAAAGUUGUGGAAGUUUUAUGAACAGCCAUUUGCAAAGCAGUAUUGUUUAUCUAUAGACUCAGUGUAAGUGAACAGACACACUCACACAGACACAGACACACACACACACACACACACACACACACACACACACACACACACACACACACACACACACACACACACACACACACACACACACACACACACACACACACACACACACACAAAACACAAGGUUAUUCAACACAAAAAUAAAUACA